AUGUUCCAGUUUUUGUUCAUCAUCCGCACAUUGGCCUGUGUUAACCGGUUCAUCAACAGUCUUCGAUCAAUCGCCGUCGACCGACGGAUUGGGGAAUUGGUCCCAAUGGAACUGCAAAACGCUAAAUUACAGCUUGUUCGAUCUAUUCAGCACACAGCAUACGCAUCUGAAUUGGAAUUACUGGCGAAAGGAAAAUCGCUGAGUUUCAAACAUAUCCUUUCCCCCCUCCACCCAUUUCUCGAUGACCAAGGCACCAUGCGCGUGGGCGGUCGUCUGCAGAACUCCGCGCUACCAUACGACCAGAAACAUCCCUUAAUUCUACCCCAGAAUCACGUGGCGACUGAAAUGUUUGUGCGUGAAGCACACAUGCGCAAUUUGCACGCUGGGCCGUCAUUUCUGACUGCCACUAUCUAUCAACAAUAUUGGAUCGUUGGAUGCCAGACGGUAGUACGCAAGGUGGUGCAAGGUGGUGCAAGAUGCCCGCGAUGUGUUCGUCUCAAAGGUAAAACUGCUAAGCAACUGAUGGGCAACCUACCACCGGUAAGGGUGCGGGCAUCAAGGGUGUUUUCGCACGUCGGCGUUGACUACGCUGGUCCAAUCAAACUCAAGGCAUCCUGUGUUCGAGGAGUGAAGGUCACCAAGGGUUAUAUCGUGGUGUUUGUCUGUCUCUCAACUCGAGCAGUGCACCUUGAAGUGGCAUGUGAUCUAUCCACGAAUACCUUCAUUAACGUUCUCAAGCGGUUCGUAUCACGGCGCGGAUAUCCGAACGAAAUAUGGUCAGAUAAUGGGACCAACUUCGUUGGAGCUGAUCGUGUUUUGCAAGAGUUUGUCGAGAAAAUUAAGUCGCACAGCAAAGAAGAAGCAUAA